UCCCUCACGAGCUGAACGGAAGAGCCAAGCCGGUAAUCUUUCGACGAAAGUCCGGAAGUUGACAUGGCCUCGGUUUGGUCGCCAGACUAACUUCAGUGCCACCGGGUAAGGUAAUGAUAAAAAACAGACCAGUGGUGGAAGUUACAGUAAAACUUGUGGGGUACUUGAACGUUGCUUGAUCAUUCGCCUGGGUGUGAUUAUAGGCUGGCUUUAACAAUUCCAAUAAAUAAAAAAAAAAACAGGUAAAAAAGAUAAACAGCUUUGUCACAAUCAAAACAUCCCGGCAGCGGACAGUCUGGACUCAGUGAAAUUUAAAGAUCUGUGUGGAUGAGAGCUACUGUACGUGGGUACCGUCUCUACUUCUGUGCCAUUCUGAUACUGCAGUCUUCAUUUCAAUGUGGGAAACUUUUGCACAGGGUGAGUCCCCGUACAACAGAUCAACCUACCGCUACACUCCUCUGCUAGCCUGGCUUCUCACCCCCAACAUCUAUCUCAGCACGGUGUUUGGCAAGAUCCUGUUCAUUGUAUGUGAUGUGCUGUCAGGACUGCUCAUCUACAGAAUCCUCCGCCUGCGAGGUCUGGGCUCUCAGACUGCACGUCGUGUUUCUUCUCUGUGGCUCCUCAACCCACUGCCCAUGGGUGUAUCCAGCCGAGGGAACGCCGAGUCCAUCCUGGCAGCCCUGGUGCUGGGGACAUUACUCUGUAUGGAAGGCCGGCAUCUCACAUGGGCAGCUAUUCUGUAUGGCCUGUCAGUCCAUAUGAAGAUCUACCCCGUUACAUAUGCUCUGCCCAUGGCCCUGAGCCUGCGCACGCCAGAGACCAGGGCAGCGGAGGACAAACGGGGGUGGAGGAGGUUUAUCGGGUUCAUCGGAAGCUUCCUCAACGCAGAGCUGUUCCUCUUUGCAAGUGUGGCCGGAGGAGUUUUCUGUAUACUCACAGCACUCUUCUAUUACAUGUAUGGCUGGGAGUUCCUUCAUGAGACCUACUUGUACCAUCUGACCAGAAGGGACAUCAGACACAACUUCUCUCCGUACUUCUACAUGCUCUACCUCACUGCAGACAGCAGGUGGAGCCAGUGGCUUGGCCUGGCUGCGUUUCUCCCACAGCUCAUCCUGCUGUUGGCGGCGUCUUGGGCCUUUCACUCGGACCUGGCCUUUUCCUGUUUCCUCCACACGGCCGUCUUCGUCUCCUUCAACAAAGUCUGCACUUCACAGUACUUCCUGUGGUACCUGUGCUUACUUCCUCUGGUCAUCCCUCACCUGAGUCUGUCACUAAAACAGGGAGUGGGACUGCUGCUCCUCUGGUUUGCUGGACAGGGCAUUUGGUUGGGCCCGGCCUACUUCCUGGAGUUUGAAGGCUACAACGCUUUCCUGUUGAUCUGGCUCGCUGGACUGCUCUUUUUGGUCGUCAACUGUUUCAUCCUGAUUCAGAUCAUAGCCCAUUACAAACCAACACAAACUCCACAGAGACCGAAGGUUGAAUGAUGCUCGAGCGAUCUGAAUGUGGAGGGAUCUCUCGGUUUGAUCGCAGCUUCGGUACGAAGAUUCAAAGGAUGUUCCGCACUUCACUUGUUCUUAACUGAUGAUGAUGGACUAUGGCUGCAUGUACAAAAGUAAAGUUUGUAUUUUGUUGAA